CUCUUCCCCCUAACCGCACCGCUCACCACUCACCACUCACCUCACUACUAACUUUGUACACUCUACCUCUCGCAAUCGAUAGAACAACAAGGACGACGAUGGGACGGUACACUUACGAGAUCGUACCGGAGAUCUUUGCGCAUGACCUCGAUGGGGAGCCGCUUGUUGCUGUCCCUGAGAGAUUCGGUCUAGUAGACGAUUCACCAGAUCGAUGGACUAAACUGUUCCAGAAGUUGGAAGAGAUGAAUCAGAGUGCGAAGGAGGGGGAGAAGUACAAGGUUGUGUUUUGUAUUAGGCAUGGGCAGGGGUUUCAUAAUGUUGCAGAGGCGAAGUAUGGGACUGAAGCUUGGGAUGAUCAUUGGUCGAAGCUUAAUGGGGACGGGGACAUCGUUUGGGGUCCCGACCCGCUCCUCACCCCCACCGGAAUCGAACAAGCCAAGGACGUACGCAAGAUGUGGGAGAAGGAGGUCGGCGCUGGGUUGGGUCUCCCCAGUAAGAUCUACAGUAGCCCGCUCUCGAGGGCUCUGAGGACGUGUUUUAUCACGUUUGAUGGGUUGGUGCCUGUGGAAGAUUCGGAGGGUAAAGAGGAGAGCCGAGUUCUUAUCGUCGAGGACUGCAGAGAAGAAAACGGCGUCCACACUUGCGAUAAACGGAAUACCCGUUCGUGGAUCCAGACUCAGUUCCCGAAGUAUAAGUUUGAAGAAGGGUUUGAAGAGGAGGAUCGUUUGUGGAGUAGGGAUGUGAGGGAGACGAAGAAGGAGGUUGGGGUUCGUGCUGCGAGGGUUUUGGAUAGGAUUUUUGAUGAGAAUCCUACUGAGGUUUUCCAAGCUAUUACCGCGCAUAACGGGUUCAUCAAUGGUGUGCUGUUGACGUUGGGGAGGAAGCCGUAUUUAUUGCCGACCGGAGGUGCGUUCUUUGAUCUUCCUGGUUUGAGGUUCAGAGAGUCCAUGUUCUGA